UCGGCGCAGCAAGAAGUCACUGCAAGUCGAAGUGGAAACCACCUGUCCGCAGCUAAAAAUCAUGGUGAUCUUGGGAUUUUCGCGUGUGUUGCGUCAUAAUUGAAAAUGAUCGCGGUGUGGGACCUUAAAAGGAGCUACUCCCAAUAGUGGCAGACACUCAGCUUUUUUUGUUUUCAUUUUUCGACGGCGACAACUUUGCCAACGAGUUAAUUAGAGUUCGGGUCGUGUGCUCGGGGAAUCGAAUUGUUUGGCUGAUUUAUGUUUGGAUCGCUGGACAGCCAUUCCUUGGCCAAAAAAGGCGCAGCCGCAGCGCUAGACAAAUAAACCAAAAAUUAGCAACAUUUAGUUAAUGCACAUAAAUAAGAUACGACGAGAUAUUCGAUAUUGCGAGACUCCAAAUUGGGCAAGUCGUUCGUGUGCCCCGAGAUUCCAAGAUCCCCAGAUCCGUGUGGGCAGAAGCCACAGUCUAACAAACAAAAAGAAAAUAAAUGACGAGUUUAAAUAACACUAACAAUCGGCUUUGCUGAGGCUUUGUUGGUUAAUGAGCUGGACCCAUAUUUGGCCGGAUCGAAGUCGUCUCAAGAUGCCCGCCCCGCCGAGCACAGUGAAGCCUGCCCCUGGUCACACGACCAAGCUCUCGAAUGGCAAAUCCAGCAACAGUAGUAACACCUUGUGCAACUCCACCGCCCAUCUGAGCGACUCAAGGACCAAUCUCACUGUCAACACGCCCACCACUUGCCAGCGAUUAAGCGAAAUGUUUCGGCGCUCGAUUGCCAGCAGCACCCAGUCCAGUUCAAGGGAAAAUACCUACGAGGAGAUCUAUCCCGGUCCCGAUCCCAAGCACAUCAUGGGCUCCCUGGUCUUCUGCAUUCACCACAAACAGGGCUGCAAGUGGUCCGACGAGCUGCGAAAGCUGAAGGGCCAUCUGAACGCCUGCAAGCACGAUGCCACCCAGUGUCCCAACAAGUGUGGUGCCCAGAUCCCCCGCAUCAUGAUGACCGAUCACCUGCAGUACACCUGCACCAUGCGGCGGACCCGUUGCGAGUUCUGCCAGAGCGAAUUCUCCGGCGCCGGACUGGAGGAGCACAACGGCAGCUGCGGCCAGGAGCCGGUUUACUGCGAGGCCAAGUGCGGCCAGAGGAUCCUGCGCGGCCGCAUGACCCUGCACAAGUCCAAGGACUGCGCCAAGCGGCUGCGACGCUGUGCCCACUGCCAGCGGGAGUUCUCGGCGGACACACUGCCGCUGCAUGCGGCCCAGUGCCCCCGGGCUCCGUUGGCCUGCCCACAGAGAUGCGAUGCCGGUCCGAUUGCCAGGGGCGAGCUGGAGGCCCAUCUGCGGGACGAGUGCCAGUCGCUGGCCGUCUCCUGCAGCUUCAAGGAGGCGGGCUGCCGCUUCAAGGGUCCCCGCCAGAUGCUGGAGGCGCACUUGGAGAGCAACGCCGCCGCCCAUCUCUCGCUGAUGGUGGCGCUCAGCUCCCGGCAGGGUCAGCAGAUCCAGAUGCUCAAGUCGGCGGUGUCCAAGCUGUCCAUUAACUACACAGGCACUCUGCUGUGGAAGAUCACCGACUGGUCGGCCAAGAUGACGGAGGCGAGGGGCAAAGAUGGCCUGGAACUGGUCUCACCGCCCUUCUACACCUCCCAGUAUGGCUACAAGCUGCAGGCCUCGAUGUUCCUCAAUGGCAAUGGUCCCGGCGAGAAUACCCAUGUGUCCGUCUACAUAAAGGUCCUGCCCGGCGAGUACGAUGCCCUGCUGAAGUGGCCCUUCUCGCACUCCAUCACCUUCACGCUGUUCGAGCAGGGCGCCCAGAGUGGCCAGGGAGGCGUGGCGGAGUCCUUUGUGCCGGAUCCCACCUGGGAGAACUUCCAGCGUCCCUCGAACGAGCCCGAUCAGCUUGGAUUCGGCUUCCCGCGCUUCAUCUCCCACGAACUGCUGCACAGUCGGCCCUUCAUCAAGGGCGACACCGUGUUCCUGCGGGUGAAGGUGGAUCCCAGCAAGAUCGUUGCCGUCUAGGGGGCAUCAUUAGUAUCAUUAGACAUUUACUCGACUUGUGUAAAUACUGUGUAUUUAAAUGUAUGAGUAAAUCGCCUAGCCUAGCGUAGUCUAGCCUCUUCAGUCCCAGCGGCAGCUUCGGGCGAUGUUGGCCGGAAGGAGCUAACUGGCCUUGGAAUGCUGGCCGCUGGGCCACUGCGUCAUAGUCAUACUUGUUUCGUUUAGGUUUUAGCAGUGCUGGAAUUAAACCAAAGCAUACUUACGCAUAGGAAUACAGACAUUUAGCGAUAUCAUCCAAAUCAUCCAUAAGUGUACGCCUAAGUUCGUGUCUUAAGUCUUUUGUUUAGAGAUGUGUAUUAUUGCGCGCGAUGCGAUCACUUUCAAAAGAUCUUCAAACUAGACCGUACGCUCAAAAUCAGUUAGACCAUAAGUUGCAUGUACAUAGCGUUAAAUUCGGAGCAGCCGCAGCAACCGCAAGCCUAGUUCUAGUUGUAGCGCCUAGUUAGUCGCCUAAGCCAACGCAUUAGUCAUUAGUACCAUGAACACGAACAUAAACAUGAGAAUCCAACUUUCAACAUAGUCAACUAAGUUUAUGCUUAAAAGCUACAAAGUCAAACAUACAAUAAAAUGAAGUAAUUAAUAUGCAAA